GACCAUUUGACACAAGAUCAACAUCAAAAUGCGAUUGCUCUGCCUGUUCCUGCUGGUGGCUGGUAGUUCCUGCUGGUGGUUUACCGAUGAGGACGACAAGAAGGAAAGUGUCAAGAAGGAAAGUGUCAAGGAGGAAAGUGUCAAGGAGGAAAGAUACAAGAAGGAAAUUGUUGGGACAGUGAUUGGAAUAGACCUCGGGACGACCUACUCAUGUGUUGGAGUGUUCAAGAACGUCCGUGUCGAGAUCAUCGCCAAUGACCAGGGAAACCGCAUCACUCCGUCAUACGUGGCCUUCACCACUGAAGGUGAGCGACUCAUCGGAGACGCUGCGAAGAACCAGCUGACCUCCAAUCCUGAGAACACAGUGUUUGACGCCAAGAGGUUGAUCGGCCGCACAUGGGGCGACUCGUCCGUGCAGCAGGACAUUAAAUAUUUUCCCUUUAAGGUUAUUGAGAAGAAGAACAAGCCUCACAUCCAGCUGGACAUCGGAUCAGGUCAGAUGAAGACUUUCACCCCUGAGGAAAUCUCUGCCAUGGUUCUGAUUAAAAUGAAGGAAACUGCAGAGGCUUACCUGGAAGAGAAGGUCACACAUGCUGUGGUCACUGUGUCCGCUUAUUUCAAUGACGCCCAGCGCCAGGCCACCAAAGAUGCAGGAACCAUCGCCGGACUGAAUGUAAUGAGGAUCAUCAGUGAGCCAACUGCCGCCGCCAUCGCUUACGGUCUGGACAAGAGUGACGGUGUGAAAAACAUCCUGGUGUUUGAUCUCGGUGGCGGCACCUUUGAUGUUUCCCUGCUGACCAUUGAUAACGACAUCUUCGAGGUGGUGGCCACCAAUGGAGACACUCACCUCGGUGGGGAAGACUUCGAUCAGCGCGUCAUGGAGCACUUCCUCAAGCUAUACAAGAAGAAGACCGGAAAGGACGUGCGCAAGGACAACCGCGCCGUGCAGAAGCUGCGUCGUGAGGUGGAGAAGGCCAAGAGAGCACUGUCCACCCAGCAUCAGGCCCGCAUCGAGAUCGAGUACUUCUUCGAGGGUGAAGACUUCUCCGAGACACUGACCCGCGACAAGUUUGAGGAGCUCAACAUGGUGAGCGUUCACUGACCAAGGAUAACCACCUCCUGGGCAACUUUGACCUGACCGGCAUCCCUCUGGCUCCCCGCGGCAUCCCUC